AUUUUUCUCAUCUUACUCCUUUCAAAUUUCUCAUAGUUGUCGAUCGAGCAGAAGAAAGAUAUGGCUUCCAAGGCUUUCUUUGCGUUUGGUGUUCUCUUGGCCUCUCUGCUGAUACUCUUGGUGGCGGCAACAGCUAGGGAGAUGACCGAGAAAACUCAAGAGAAGAACGUGGAGGAAGAGGGUGUUGGGGACCAGAAGAACUCUGGCGGAUACAAAGGUGGCUACUCAUCUGGCGGAAAGAAAGGCGGCUAUCCUGGUGGUGGUGGUGGAUACAACGGCGGCUAUCCUGGUGGUGGUGGAUACAGCGGAGGCUAUCCUGGUCGUGGUGGAUACAGCGGAGGCUAUCCUGGUCGUGGUGGUGGUGGAAAUAGCGGCAGCGAUCCUAGUCGUGGUGGUGAUGGUGGAAACAACGGCGGCUAUCCUGGUCGUGGUGGUGGUGGAAACAACGGCGGCAAUCCUGGUAGUGGUGGAUACAACGGCGGCUAUCCUAGUCGUGGUGGUGGUGGAAACAACGGCGGCUAUCCUGGUGGUGGUGGUGGGAACAACGGCGGCAAUCCUGGUCGUGGUGGUGGUGGAAACAACGGCGGCUAUCCUGGUGGUGGUGGUGGAAACAACGGCGGUUAUCCUGGUGGUGGUGGAUAUAACGGCGGCUAUCCCGGCGGUGGUGGAUACAAUGGCGGCUAUCCCGGUGGUGGUAGUGGUGGAUACAACGGCGGCUAUCCUGGCAGUGGCGGCGGCGGCGGCGGCGGUGGCGGUGGCGGCGGCGGCGGCGGUAGUAAUAGUGGAUACAACGGUGGCUAUCCAGGAGGUGGGCGUUAUGGUGGCGUUGGAUAUCCCGGAGGUGGUUAUCCAGGAUAUGGCGGUGGCAAUUGCCAGUGGGGUUGCUGAAGCCGCUGAGGAUAUGGAGAUUGCGAUCGUCGCACCUAUCUUGGUUAAUCCCUAAUGCUUUAGUUGUGCAACCAGCAUAAAUAUAUAAUAACGCACUAGUAAAAAUCCAACAUGAUGUGGUGGAAAUCAUACGUAGUAUCCCGCGUGUGAACAAAGAGAGAGAGCUCCCUCUCACGACAAGUAAAUAAAUAAAUAAAUAAAUGGAGAGGACAAGGUGUUUCCAACUUGGAUUUUUUACA